AUGGAAUAUUCGUCGUCCCCUUUUUCCCUGGGCGAUUCGCUGCCCAAGCAGCAACCCGGCAUUUCCCAUCCACGUCGGCCGCUGUUCAGCCAGGCACACGACAACAACUCGUAUGGGCCUUACGAAGAGGAACCUGCUCUAUUCCAUCCUAAUCCUCCUUUCCCUGUCGUGCCUGUUGUGCCCACAUUGCCAUAUGUGCUAGUGUUCGAGAAUAUCCCUCCUCGCACUAGCCACACAGCGCUACAAACCCUCAUUCACUCGAAGUUGCCCCCCAAAGAUGUCUCAGACAGUCUACAUUUCCAUAUUCUCGACAUGAGCAAUGGCAGAGCCACCGUCGAAUUUGCCAAUAGCUCUCUGGCGCACGCUGUCGCUGAGGCAUUGGACGGUGAUUCCUCCUUGGGCUCUACCAUCAAUUGCUCUGCAAUAGACAAUCCAUCAUUAGCUGCAACUCUGAUGCCACAUACAAGCGCACAUACGCCCACACCGCCAAUGUCGUCGAUGAACCCAUUCUUCUUUGUUCCUCCCAUGUAUCCUGUCGACUAUGGGUACUUCGGCCCACAAGUGCCUGCUGGCAUGGGACCCAAUCCAAGUAUCUAUUGCCGCCAUCCAUCUGCCAAUCAAAUGCCUUCCAUGAUGCCUGUUCAACCACAUUCUAUGUUGCAUGGGGUUCCCAGUGUUUCCAACAUGGCCAAUAUGACGAAUGCUCCUGGGAUGCCCACUUCAUCUUAUGGUCCUCAUCCAUACGGCUACUUUGGCGGUCCUGAUGCUCUGCAAUUUAGCAUGGGCUAUGGGCCCGGGUCAUCUUCAGGACAAAGCUCAAUGUACACACUGUCAUAUCCGCUGUCUCGAAGGUCGCUGACAAGACUGAAUAGCAAUUUCAGCCGAUCUAGGUCCUCCAGGGCAAGCUCCUUAUCCCUGAAUCGUCAGAAUAGUACCUUUUCGAGUCGUGUCGGAAGUCGAAACGACUCUAGAAGAAGUAGCAUGAGUGUACCGGCCAGAACAAAUUCCAGUCUCAGUUCUGAGUACAAUCUUGCAAAGGACCAGGCUUAUGGAAACAGCGAUGUGAGCAACUUGCCGUCUCUGGUGUCAAUGGACAAUCACAUUCUAGAGGAGGCUGACGAAGAUGAAGCCGAAGAAGGCAUGAUGACAAUCGAGGACGAAAGCGGUGAGCGGAUAGAAGUCAAUCCUUGUCGAUUGUUUGUGGGCAACAUUCCUUUCAACUCAACUUGGCCCGCCUUGAAAUCGUUUUUGAUCUCCAAAGCAGAGGAGUUCGAGCCCAAUAAUGAUAUUGAAAUUCUAAAAGUUGAGAUUCCCAUGCAACAGGUAAGAGAUCAAGGUGAUGCAACGACUGUGGGAUCGUACUACUACCUAUCUUUGCUAUCUCAGCAGCUUCAAAGUGGUCCAGGCGGCUCUGCUCCGCAAGGGCCUCCGCCCCCUCACAAUACUGAUCUCAAUCGAGGAGGAAGCAGGGGUCCUAGUCGUGGGUUUGCUAUAGUCAGCACGGCAAACAAAACCUCCCUGGAGAAACUCAUCAAAUACUUCAACAAUGUGGAAUUCGAAAACAGGCCGUUGACCGUUCGUUACGAUAGAUUUCCCAAUUUCAACAACUACGUUCUCCAGCAACUAUAUCCCUCCGGUCGCAACAGCUCCUUCAGCUGCGGACCCAAAGCAAAGCCCGGAAUCCUAACUAAUCUUGCGGUCGAACGCAAUCUGUUCCAACAGAAAUAUUAUUAUGGCUCUGCCUCGUUCCAAAACAUGGCACAGCCCUACGGUGGACAGUUUUAUCCACAAAACCGAUCGUUCGCUUAUUAUCGUGGGACACUGCGGCCACCUACUCGCGGAGCUGCAACUGACAUGGGUGGUAGUAGCUCCAAUACGCAAGGAGCUCUUGAGGUGCCUGAAAACGCCACAGCGACAGAACAUGAUGGAAAGAAUUCAGACUCAGCGAAAGUGGAGACUAGCUCACAGGGACAGCGGCGGGCUACUAAAAUGAGUAUGAGCGAUUUGGGACCUCCCCUUCGGGAGAUCGAGUCCAGCUUACCUGAGCUGCCUAAGCAUAAUUCCGGAGAUGAUGUCAAGGCAAAAGAACUCGUAGAUUUUGUUGGAGAUGCGUCGACUUAA